GCUGAUCCCGGCCCUCCCCGCCGCCAGUGCUGCAUCGACGACUCCGGCUCGGUGGUGUCGGUGCUCCUGGACGCCGGCGCCGACGUCAAUUCCCGGGACACGGAGCUGUGGACGCCGCUCCACGCCGCGGCCACCUGCGGCCACCUGCGCCUGGUCCAGCUGCUCACCCAGCGCGGCGCCGACCUGCUGGCGGUGAAUUCCGACGGGAACAUGCCCUACGACCUGUGCGAGGACGAGGCCACGCUGGACUUCCUGGAGAGCGCCAUGGCCGAGCAAGGGAUCACCCAGGAGCGCAUCGAGGAGGCUCGAGCGGCCACGGAGCGCUCCAUGAUCCAGGAGAUCCGGGAGCUGGUGCGGGUGGGCGCCGACCUGGACGCGCCGCGGGGACACGGAGCCACCUUGCUCCACGUGGCAGCAGCCAACGGGUACCUGGAAGCGGCCGAGCUGCUCCUGGAGCACCGCGCCGGCACCGACUGCCGGGACGAGGACGGGUGGCAGCCGCUCCACGCCGCGGCGUGCUGGGGACAGGUGCAGCUGGUGGAGCUGCUGGUGGCUCACGGCGCCGACCUGGGCGCCAAAUCCCUGCUGGACGAGACGCCCCUGGACGUGUGCGGUGACGAGGAGGUGCGGGCCAAGCUGCUGGAGCUGAAGCACAAGCACGCCGCCCUCAUGAAGUCGCAGGAGAAGCACAAGUCGCUGCUGCAGCGCCGCACGUCCAGCGCCGGCAGCCGCGGGAAGGUGGUGCGCAGGGUGAGCGUGUCCGAGCGCUCCAGCCUCUACCGCCGGGAGCACCAGCGAGAGGCCAUCGUGUGGCAGCGCGGGGGCCGCGGGGACAGCGAGGACGAGGCCGGGGACAGGGACGGCGCGGACAUGAGGCACAGACCCUCGGCG